AUGCUACGUUUUCAAGUAACUGUUUUUCUGGUCACAUUUCUAGUGGAAGAGGAGGCUGCAGAAAAAGUGGGUAAAGGCCAUCAUUUAUAUCAGAGAAGCCUCAACAUACUGAAACAUUCUAAACAUACAAAAGGAAUGGAAAAAGCCCAGCAGUUCCUUAUGAAGGCAGCAGAAAUGGGGAGCCAGAAAGCUAUGGAGAAUUUGGCAGCUGACAUGCUAUUUGGAUUUAACGGUCCUCAGGAUGUAAAAGCAGCUAUAUCGUUGUAUGAGAUUUUAGCUGAAGAAGGGUCUCAUAAAGGCCAGACUGCAUUAGGGUUCUUGUCAUCAUAUGGAAUAGGAAUGGAAUAUAAUCAAGCAAAGGCACUUGUAUACUACACAUUUGCAAGUAUUGGAGGAAAUCUUAUAUCCCAAAUGAUUAUGGGCUAUCGGUACUGGUUAGGAAUCAAUGUUCCAAGGAAUUGUGAAAGAGCACUAAUUAAUUACAGGAAAGUUGCAAGUUUUAUUGCUAACAAAUUAGAAAAAAAUGAAGAUAUGCCAGUUGAAAAGGUGAGGCUGAUGGGAAGACCAGAAAAUCUGAGUUUUAAUGCAGAAUUCUUGGAUUGGGAAGUCUAUCAGUACUACAGGUUUUUGGCUGAAAGAGGAGAUACACAGAUACAGGUGUAUCUUGGACAGCUGCAUCUUGUGGGAAGAAAAGGACUGGAAAGAGAUCAUGCUAAAGCCUUCUACUAUUUCCUAAAGGCAGCAUAUGCUGGGAAUGCAAAUGGUAUGGCUUUCCUUGGAAAGAUGUAUUUGGAAGGGAGUACCAUAGUGGCCCAAAGUAAUGCCACGGCCCUGAAGUAUUUCAAAAUGGCAGCAGAUAAGGGCAAUCCUGUUGGACUGUGGGGACUGGGUCUUCUUUAUUUUCACGGCAGAGGUGUCCCACUGAAUUACACUGAAGCUUUUACAUACUUUCAAAAAGCAGCUGAGAAAGGAUUUGCCAAUGCUCAAUUCCAACUGGGAGUCAUGUAUCAUACUGGCUCAGGAGUAAAGAAAGAUUUUAAGCUUGCAUUCCAGUAUUUUUACUUGGCAUCUCAAAAUGGACAACCGCUGGCUAUUUAUUAUUUGGCUCAAAUGUAUGCCACAGGAACUGGUGUGCUUAGAUCAUGCCAAAAUGCAGUUGAACUUUACAGAACUGUUUGUGAGCUAGGAAGAUGGUCGGAAAAAUUCCUGACAGCAUACUUUGCUUACCAGGCUGGUAAUAUCGAUGCAUCUCUUAUCCAGUAUGCCUUUCUAGCUGAAAUGGGCUAUGAGGUAGCUCAGAGCAAUUCAGCCUUCAUCAUGGAAUCUGAAAAGGUUAAACUUCUCCGUAAAGAUCAGAUUUAUCCACUGGCUCUUCUUUUAUGGCAACGGGCUGCAAGUCAAGGCAAUGCAUUUGCCAGAGUUAAAACUGGAGAUUAUCACUUCUAUGGCUUUGGAACAAAGAGAGAUUAUGUUACAGCAGCCAUUCAUUACAACCUUGCUGCUAGUCAACAGAGUGCGCAAGCAAUGUUUAAUCUGGCAUAUAUGUAUGAAUACGGCUUAGGCAUUCCCCAGGAUAUACAUUUAGCUAGAAGAUGGUAUGGCAUGGCAGCUGAAACAAACCCAGAGGCUUUUAUACCAGUGGCCCUCGCAUAUAUAAGACUUGAAGUGAUGUGUGUGCUCACUGAUCUGCAGCUUCUCAAUCUAACUGGAAACUGGAAACUCUCAGCAAUCAACAGCAAGCUAAGGCUGCACUUGGGUCUCUUUGUGAUUAUAUUAAUUGUUGCUUUGCUUAUACUGUUAAUAAACAGUAGGCAAAACUGA